AUGAACUUCACGAACAUCAAUGAUCCAGCAGGUAUCAAAGCUCUACUCGAGCAACUGAGAUCGUCACAGGCCUGGCAAGAGAGUAUCGGCGGCGGCGCUGAUCCCAAUGGCGUGGCGAAGAAUCCACCGCCGACCUCUACCACACCUCCGGCUACCGUGACACCGCCGACUUCAAUCGCACCUCAGGCUGUACCAGUGCCCCUGAUACAACCACCUGCCACCACAGACAAUGUGUCUAAAUCGUCGUCCUCGGUGGCUGAUUUGCUUUCCCAACUUAAUUCAUCCGAACAUAAAAUUUCACCGAGGCCCUCACAACCUUCGACAUCGCGUUUGACUACGCAACAGACUUCCCUGCAACUUUCACAGGCGGCUAGCCACCGCUCCACCGCUCAGCCUGCAGAGGACUCGGCUCAUCAUGCUGCUUUCACGCACGGGCAGGACCGCAUGAUGUCAUUUCAGCAGGCCUUGCCCCAUCUUACACGACUGGCCGAAAGUGCAGACCUCGUUGCUGCCGUAGCCCAUUUACGAGAAGAGCAGAAGGACUUGGAGAGACAGUUGUGGGAAGAACGACUCGCUAUACAUAGGAAACACGAGAAUAAAGUCAAGGUUACGCAGACCAAAGCCGCGUUGAUUGGCGGAGGAAUAUCUCAGCACGAGGCAGAUAUGCUGAACGAUGCAUUUCGGAAAGAGCUGCAAAAGUUUGAUGCCGAACGCGUGCUUUUCGCAUGGGACGGUCUCUUGCAGAAGCAGCAGUCUACGCUGGAAGGCCUCGGAGUACCAACUAUGUUCCCUUCUGAUUUGAGAGCCGAUAGAGAGAAACAACAAAGAGUAGUUCAAGUCUUGGAAGGUAUAGUGGGAUGAUGAGGAUCUGCGAAUGUUUCUGUUCUGUGUCUUGUCACCUUUGCCAUAUUUGCAGAUACAAAGUGUCUUCGGACCUCAGCACGAUAAAACUCCCGAGUAAGGGCGCCAAAUUGUGGCAAAAUUAGGCACCUCUGCGGAGAUAGCAGCCACAGACAAUUUUACUCCGUAACGGAGCUUGUGUGCGAUUGUCGGAAGCUGGUUGCCAGCUCAUCGGACAAUGUUCUAGACUUAGCUAUCCCGGUAAUGAAAAACAUGGCACUCGUUACACUAUCGGCGGCGAGCAGAGAUCAUUACAUGCAUACUCAAGUGACUUACUUCAGGAGACGGAGACGUGAGAG